AUGUUCCCACGGUUGCUCUUUGUCACAGAUGGGGAAGAACGCGUGGGAAUAUACCUGUCCAAAGUGUUCAACUCUCCUAUUGAAGGCUUGUUUCCAAACGAAACGAUGCCUGCAGAUGUCUACAUGUCAAUUAUCGAGUUUAUCAGCAAAAGACAGUCUGAAAUCAAGAAAUUAAAAGUUGCUGCCAAUUCCUUAACAUAUGAUAAUGUCACAAAGAUAUUUGACAAGUUGAGAGUCACUGAUAGUCUAGAAAUGUACGUUGAUCUCUCAAAAGAUCCAAGCAUUUCAUUCACGCCCAAGUCAAUUAGUAUUCUCUAUUUCUCCUGGAUCACUGCCAGCCACCUGAAUGCAAUGAAGCACUGUGUAGCUAUAGAUCUUGUCAGGACGACUCUCUCCGAUAUCGAUAUUAAACAUUUUCUGGAAAACUGGAAUCUAUGA